AACCUCAAGAUAGCGAUCCCAUUAUUACAUUCAACAAGGAUACAUACGAGAUCGGAGAAAUUUUAGAGGCAAAUUGCACGACGAGUCCUGCACGUCCUCCGCCCCACGUCACGUGGUUAAUAAAUAAUGAACGAGUCGAUGACAGUUUGACAAAACCCUUUUCAAAUGGACGGCUGCACGGGCACGGAUAUUUCGAACGAAAAUCAUCAUCGACGACCCAGCUAUCGGUUGAAGUAUCUGAAUUACACGGCGGAGAAGAUGGAGUUUUACGGCUCACUUGCAUUUCGACUAUACCGGGAUACGUGAACCACAAUGAGAAAUAUGCCGAUAUUAGGCAGCAUUCCGUUAUUAUUGACAUCAUCAUCAAGGAAACCAUUCCAGCCGAGGCGAUUUCGGAGGCGAGCGCCGGCCACCAUCUUCGAUGCUCGGGAUCGCUACUUAUACUCAUGAUGAUUCUUCGCAUUUAGGUGUUUUUAGUAAAUCUAUGUGAAAAGCGUGAUUAGGAUUAAUUAAUUCUAUUUUUUCUAGAAUAUAACAGAAAGCUGUGGCAUAUUAGAUAUAAAUCCAUAGAAUAUGUGAUCAUUCAAAAUUAUUAUAAAUAAUAAUAUAUUAUAAUGUCUGUUGCCAUUGAUAAGGAUCGCGUAUAGUAAUAAAUUUUUGGAUUUAAUUAAAUUUUCGAAACGGAAACCGUAUAUUGGCAGUUAAUCUCAAAACUGAUUUAGUUGGUUUAUUGAUCAAAGGCGCGUGCGAGUAAACACAUGCCAGAGUGUCUUAUCUAGGUACCGCGUAAUUGUAAUUAGGCGAACAAUUGAUUCUGUUGUAAAUGUAAAUUUCGCGCCCGCUUUCUGAUGCCUCCCUUUUUUUUGGGCUGUAGAUAAAUUAAACAUCGCGCGUAUAAAUUUCCCGACCAAAAUUAAGUUGUCGUUUCCGCAAGAAGUGAGGCGAUUUUUAGUGAUUUAUAUCUAAAUACCAUGGGCUCUAGUACACAUUUUAAUUAUUUGUCUGCGGAUGUAUAGUGUACAUAAAUUGCUCCGACGAGAAAAAAAGAGAAGAAGAAAUAAAAUUGAUUUAUUUUUUUCGCUAGCCGCUAAUUGCUCGUGUUUUUUAAAUCUCGACGGAAAUAUUCCUAAAAAUGUGAUUGAACGAAAAUUCGAGUAGGUACUAACACAGGCGCGUCUUUUUUUUUUAAUUGGACAUGGAGUUAAACUUAAUCUUGGGGCUCCGACUUUUAGUUUCUUGCUUUUCACUUCGUUUGCUAACAGAAUUAUCUCGCGCGUUUCGCGAGGGAAAAUAGAGAAGGUGGGAUUAGCUUGUGAUUCCACUACUAAUGGAUAAAUGAAAUUUCCAACUUCAUAAUAUCAAGGACUUUUCUGCGAAGAACCUUUUAGAACGGUUUUAUCAUUUGCUUUAUAUAAUUAUAGUCCUUUCAUAAUGUGCAUUUCUCAUUACUUCUAAACUCUUCAAAAUAAAUUGAAAGAGACAAAUGGAACUCAUUUUUCAGAAACAAGAGCGUUUCGUUUUCUAAAAAAAACGGUGAAGCAUUUUUUUACGGUUUGUUUUAAAAGUGACUAAAGGAAAAUCGUUGUUUUCUUUCUUGUUAAAUGAGUAAUGUGGAGACUUUACCAAUAAAGGUAAAAUUAAUUUCUACCCCCUUCCUCCUACCCCCGGCCACCUACUGAUCUCGGAAAGGAGUCACAUAGGAAAGUUAUAGUUUGAACAAACCAAUUCAUUUCAGUGAGACAUUUCAUUAGAAUACCAUGAAAGGGUGUGUUCACGUCCCGCCCCUCCCCCAUUUUCAAAAGUGUUAUUUGGCACCACUAAACGCAUGCGUAUGCACCAUCUGAGACCAGUUGGCCGUCGCAUGUAAAAGUUAUGCACGUUUUACUUUCAAAAACAACAUCUCAGGAAAUAAUUCAUGCUCCCCCCCUCCCCCUCGCCCCUUGAGACAGCUGAAUUUGAUGGCCGUCUGAUACACCUUCAAGGCAUAGGCUACAUAUUGAAAAAAAUUCCAGGACUCUAAGACCAUUCCCCUAAAAGUAGUUCAAAACCGUAGAAGUGGGUUCAGACGGACGGACGAACGAACUAAACGUAAACAAUAGCAAAUUUGGGGGGGGGGGGCUAUAAGUCCCCAGGCGUACAGACAUAUCGAAUAGUGUUAAUGUUGUCAUAGACAGCGUAUGCAGAGCAGUCUUUGACUUUGAUCGGCGUCGGCACUUUGAACGGCGAACUUUUGGAUUUUGAGCGGCGAGUAAACUUUGGACUUUGAACGGCGAUCAAUCCUGCCGAAACACGGACCGAGCCCAAACCCGAACGUAUUAUUCUUCUUUCAAUGUCAUUGUUUAUUAUUUAUCAUUAAGAAUAACCAAACAUAGGCACACGCAUGGAAGCUACGUAUUUAGGUUUUGGUUUGGGGGGCCCGAUCAUUCUUGGAGAGAGAGAAAGGUUUAGGGGUCAAUUUGAUUGUAAUUUCUUAACUAUGGAGAGGGGGCGUUCACUAUCAAAAAAUGCAUAGGGUGUCCCAAUUUUGAUUUCGAUUGUACGUAUCUCUUUUCACCUACAUACAUUAAACGGUUAGCGAACAAUUGUGGCAAAAUGGCGGAAUUAAAUGCAAAUAGGUAAGGCAUAAAGACAAAGAAAAAAAGAGGGGGGAGUGGUCUAAUUGUUACCUUGAAUAGAAACGAAAUUGAAUUCUGUUUCUAUUGUCAUCCUUCUUUGGGACAUUUGAUUUCUAACUAGAAAGCUCCAAGCCAAUAACUGUACGUAGUUUCAAUUGAAGCAUUUUAUUUCUAUUCGUAAGGUUAAUUAUGCCAUUUUAGUGCUACUCUUCAUAUAAUCCUUUUUGUUAUGGCUGUGCUCUCAAUGGGAAAUUCUGUUAAUCUAUUAUAAUAUCUUGAUGCUAUUUUUUAUUUAUUUUGUGCUACUGUUGCCUUUGAACCUUUCUAUUUCUUGUCAGGGAACUGGAAUAUUUUAAUUAUAAAGUGAGAAAAACAAUUUUCAUUACAAAUGCCAACCGUGCGAAUUCUAAGCGAUGUCCAGCUAUGUUACUCACUCUGCGCUGCUAUUGUCUUUGAGUUACUCGAUUUCUGCUACCUUUGUGCUGUUUUUUGAUAGUGCUUCUGUUGAAAUCAGCUAUAAUGUUGUUUUGUCAUGAAACUUCAGAAGUCAAAAAUUAGAAUCUCUAUUAUAGUGGCCGAACCUGGCUCAAUUCAGGGUCGCUGGCCACCUGGUGGAAACUUUGGAAAGUAGGUAAAAGUGAAGGUUAAAUGUCGCGACGUGGCGGUUGCCUUUUAAAUUAGGUCUAGGUAAAGAGCAUUCGCGUUGAAAGUCAUCGGGGAUCAAUGACCCCAUUUUUGUAAUGUCAUCUAUUUUUACUUUCAAGGUUGUCGAAGUUCAAUGACCUCAGUUCUGUAAUUUUAUUUCAUUUUCAUGACCAAUAGCCGCAUAUUUGAUUUCUGAAGGUAUUGAGAUCAAUGACCUCCUUGCGGGGUCAUUUUCUACUUUUAAGGUCACUACAGGUCAUUGAUACCUUUUUUUGUAGUGUCAUAUUGUAUUAUCAAGGAAAUCAUAAGGGAAUGACACAAUUUUUGUGUUGUCCUAGUGCAUUUUCAAGUUCAUUAAAGGUCAAUAACCCCAUUAUUUUGGUAUCACAUUUUAUUUGCAAGCUACAAAAUUCAAUGACCUCCAUUUCUGGGGGUGCCAAUUUCUAUUUUCAAGGUCUUCAGAGGUGAACGACACCUUUUUAUGGUGGCGUGUGUAAUUUGAGAUAUUUUUGUCAGUUUUUUUUCGUCACGACUACAUUAAAUUCCCAUUCAUAGUGCCAUUUGUGUCAAUUUUGGGUUAUUUUUUUGGCAGUCUUUACCUGCAACAUUUGCUAUAUUUGUGCUAUUUUUGGUGUGCCUACUGUAUAGACCUGCUGCUACGGAUAAUCUCGUGAUAAGGUUCUCACCCGUUAUGGCUGUAUUUUAAGUCAAAUUGUAACUUUAUCAUAGUAUCAGUGCUAUUUGGUGCUAUUUUUUUACAGAUUGUGCUGCUAUUGCUAUGUUACUUGUUCUGUACCUACUGCUAUUACUUUUACAGUUUGAUCUCUUGUGCGAUCUUUAGUGAUUUUUGACUGACGGUAUGCAUCUUUUGUUUAGUUAUUGAUUUUGAGUUUCUUUGAUUACGGAAUUCCGUAGAUAUACAGGGUACAGUGUCGUUUGUGUUAUUUUUUGGUGUUGAAAACACAUACUUUUUUUGACCGGAGGUAGGAGUCCUGUAGUGCUUAAAUUUUCUUCUGACCUGCAGUAAGAUAUUAUUCCGCUAUUGUUCUUGUUACGGAUUUCCCACCUUAUAAGUAUGGUCCCACAUUUCUAUUCAUAAGAUAAUUUGUGCUACUCAUGGAUCCAUAACAGAUACCUCUCUGCUAGUGUUUUUGUGUUAAUUGAUAUUUUUGUUAUAAAACUAUACUUACAUAUUUGGAGCACCAAACUCAUUCUAAACGUCAUUCUAUUAACAAGGCAAUCAAUUGUGCUAAUUUGGUGCUACCAUGUUUCUAUUUUGGGCUGCCAUUGCAUUUGGGUCAUUUAAUUCCUUGAGUAACAAUGUUCAAGAUGCGAUAAUUGUGAGUAAAUUGAUUCUUUUUGACUUUAUGAUUUUUGGAUAUUCUGGUUUUGUUUCGAACCAGAGCCAUUUGUGCUAUUUUUUAUUAUUGACAGUUACAGAGGUUAUUGAAUUCAUUAUUCACUCUUUGCCAUGAAGUUACAUAUUUAGAGCUGCACUUUGUCAGAACAUUUAAAUUUUAUUCAUUGUGCCAUUUGUGUUAACUGUGUCCUUUUUUUAAAUAGGAACUUGUCUGUGUUGCUAUUGUUUCUGGGCUGAUUAUAAUAUUUUAAAUCGAAGAAUUUUGCUUUUGCCGAAGAUUAUCUAAGAUUAUCUGCACUAAUUUUAUUUAUUUUGUGCUACAUUUACCCUAUCAUACCAUGCACCGCCAUUGUUUUUAGCGUUUUGAGUCUUUUGCUUCCUUGUUAGGAGAUUUGAUGCUAUUUCUGUUUUAUGAUAGAUAACUUGCAAUGAAUUGUUUUUGUGUCAUUGAAUUUUUGCUAUAAGACAUUAUGACCAUAAGAUCAUUUAUGCCCAUUAUAAUGAUUUUGUGCUACUUUGACCCAUUGUUUCAGAGUCAUCUUUAUCUCGGACGUUUACUGUUAUGUGAAUUUAUCGCGUCAUUUAUGAAUUUUUCAUUUACGUAUCAUAUGUGCAAUGUGCUAUGCUGUGCUGCUUUUUGAAAAUUUUGCUGCUAUUAUUUUGACUUGUUUGGCUAUCACUAUCGAAUUUAAUUCAUAGUAUCAUUUCAUUAUUCAAAACUGUUUGAUUUCUUCAACUAUGUAUAGCUACAUCUAUUUAAAGAAAAUGUGUCAUUGCUAGUUUCGUGCUGUUUUCGACCUACAUACAUAUUUGUACCUGUUAUUAAAUAUUUUUGAUACUAUCUGCCUCUUAAGUCAACAACUUCCAGUUUCAUUGAUAAUGGAAUUUAUGUUGGUUCUGUAGACCUUAGUCUACAGAUCUUUUAAUUAGGAACUCCCAAAAACCUUCAAAGUUCAAUCACUAAAAGAUGUCCUGUGUUAUUACUUACUCAUCUUAUAAUAGCAGGGUAUAAAACAGACUUAAAUCUCGUUUCUUUUUUGCUAUACGCACAACUAUCUUGAUUUUUAAAUCUGCACUUCUCACGCACACUAACUUAAAAUUUUUCAGUGUAUACUAAUAGCGAUGUAACGAUUUAAUUGUUGUUAAUUUUAGGGCACACAUUUCAUUGCGUCAAUUACUAUUGAAACACUUCUUCAGUAAAUGAUCUGUGUUUAGUGAAUUGUCUCGUGGGCGUCUGCAGAGGACGCGUCCGAUGCAAACGCACACGAUUUUAAACUCGAUAAUGUAUCUACAAUAUUAAUGUUGGGUGUAGAUAAUGUAGGCAUUGCGUUUGUUCCACCGGCUUCUGAUAAAAUGUUACAUACAAUCACUUAAACAAUCAUUUUGAUUAAUAAAACAUCUAUAGCCGCUUCGACAUAUCCCCAAGCAAUAACGAUCCCAAUUCAGAUAAUCCCGCUAAAACCUUUACGCCCCCAAGCGGCUAUAGUACGAACCUAAUUUAUUUAAACACUUAAAAUUUAUUUUUAUAAAGCAAAGGAACGAUGGAAAAUGUAAAAGAUACAUAACCACGCAAAUUGAGUAGCUCUAUUUUAAACCAUGAUAAUAUUAGGUAUUUAUAUUUUUGUAAAAUGGACAAAUACGGCUAGGAAGUGGUGAGUUCUCUAAUUAAAUAUUAUUAUUAGUUGUUUAGCUUUAAAAAAUGAUUAAAAAUGUUGUUAGGAAAUGAUUCGCGGGCUAUAAAGGCCAAAAAAAUGUCUUCCUUAUCGCUACUAUGUCUAUUAUAAUAUUAUACAUUAUAAUUACGGGAGCAAAAUUGUCAUUCGAGCUAGUUGUAUGACGUAAAACGUAAUUAACAUCUAAUCCCUAUUUCAAAUUUAAGUUAGUUUAGAUUUUGAGAAUUAUAUGUAAAUAAUAACAAACUAAAAAAGAAUUGUAGAAUGAGUUGCAAAUUGAUAAAUAGGUAAUUUGCCGCUAAGUUUAUUAC